UUAUACAAACCGGAAGAAGAGCUAACCUUGACAAGCAAAACUCGUGUGCAGUUGGUUUAAGGGGAAAAGGCGAUUUAAUGAAUAUCAUUCAAUGGGGUUAUCCAAGAGUUGCUAGUCUUUUUUCCACAUACUAAUCGGAAACAGCUUUUUCUUCGUGUGAAAACUACCCUUCAGCUGUCUGAAUGUAGCACUUUUCAGAACAUUACUGCCUGCCGGAUGACUUCACGAGGGCAUCGCCUGCUAUUGAAAGAUGAGGACCUCUCUUCUGUUUGUCAGCACAGGCUGUAAGGCCGUUCGCAGUCUGACAAAAAGACCGAUUUUCUCACCUAUCACAGCUCUAUCUAGUCACCAGAGGAUCGCUGUGUUGAGAUCCUCGACCACACAUUCCUGCGAAGACAAGAGUUACUACAUUACUACUCCCAUCUUCUAUGUAAACGCAUCUCCUCAUUUAGGACACCUGUAUUCGGCUGUGAUUGCUGACUGCGUACACAGGUAUAAGCUUCUGCAGGGCUUCGACUCAAAGUUUGCAACAGGCACAGAUGAACACGGUUUGAAAAUCCAACAAGCUGCCGAAGCGUCUGGAAAAGAUCCCUUGAUCUUCUGCACAGAUGUGUCAGAGAGAUACAAACAUCUCUUCAACAGCUGCGACAUAUCGUAUACAGACUACAUAAGAACCACUGAGCAAAGACACAGAGAGGCCGUGAAGCAUUUCUGGUCAGUGCUCGUUGACAAAGGGCUCAUCUAUAAGGGGAGCUAUGAAGGCUGGUACUCCACCCAAGAUGAAAGCUUCCUCACGGAGUCUCAGGUGGCCGAUGCUUUGGACUCAUCGGGGAAAAAGAUCAAAGUAUCACUGGAGAGUGGCCACAAGGUCGAGUGGAUGACGGAGGAGAACUACAUGUUCCGUCUGUCGGCGUUUCGGUCUCAGCUGCUCGAGUGGCUCAGAGGAAAUCCCCAUGCCAUUCAGCCUGAGCGGUUCUACCAUGCCGUCCUCCAGUGGCUGCAGGAGGACCUCCCUGACCUCUCAGUCUCCCGCCAGAGGAGCCGGCUUCAGUGGGGCGUCCCCGUACCGGCCGAUGCUGAACAGACCAUCUAUGUGUGGUUAGAUGCACUGGUGAACUACCUCACGGUUGCUGGCUAUCCAGACAAUCACAGCAAAUGGUGGAACAUGGCGCACCACAUUGUUGGAAAGGACAUCUUAAAAUUUCAUGCCAUCUACUGGCCGGCUUUCCUCCUCGGGGCGGGACUGCCGCUGCCGCAGGCCAUAUACGUGCACUCUCACUGGACAGUCGGGGGGAAGAAGAUGUCCAAAAGCUUGGGUAACGUGGUGGAUCCUCUUGAACGCUCCCAGACGUUCACAACAGAUGGCAUGAGGUACUUUCUUCUCCGGCAAGGAGUCCCGGACUCGGACUGCGAUUACACGGACAAUAAAGUAAUCAAGCUGCUCAACGCCGAGCUCGCCGACUCCCUGGGCGGUCUGCUGAAUCGCUGCACGGCUCCGGCUCUCAACCCGGCUCAGGUGUACCCUUCCUUCUGCCCCCGGUGCUUCCCGAGCGGACAAAGUGGCAGGGCCAUGGUCGAGGACCACCACAUGUUGGAGGCUGUGAGGAACCUACAGGCCGCCGUGGAGCAGCACUACGAGAGCAUGCAUGUGUACAAAGCUCUGGAGGCCAUCGCUGCCUGUGUGAGGAAGACCAACGGCUUUGUGCAGCGCCACGCACCUUGGAAGCUGGACAGGAGGGAUGUUGAAGACCAGCGCUGGCUAGACACCAUCAUUCACGUGUCCCUUGAAUGCCUGAGGAUUUACGGAACACUCCUGCAGCCAGUAGUGCCGCAGAUUUCCAACAAGCUGCUGUCCAGACUCGGGGUAAGGCCAGGCGAGAGGAGAUGGGCGGACGUGAACUUCCUGCCGAGGUAUCGGGGAAUGGACUGUCCCUUCGAAGGGAGGGCGCUAGGACCGGACUCCGGAGUGCUUUUUAGUCGCUUGGAAAGUCAGAAUUUAGAUAAACGAAAACACAAAACUAAAUAAUUUUUCUUGUAAAAGAUGUUCACCUAAAGUAGACCCAUUGAUAUCACAACUGUAGAAGUUAAUACCAAGGUACCAAAUACCAAACGGGCAUUUUUCAGGUCCCAGUAGGAAAAACAAAGAUGUGAAUGAUGCCUGUAUUUGAUUUUGCUGCUUUAGUUUUAGGGUAAUGAUGUGGCGCAUGCUGGCUUACUGGGACACAUGAAAGAACAGAGCAAUGGAUAUUAUUAUUAAUUUUUUCUGACGAUGUCAAGUGGAAAUGUCUGAACUGAAAAAAGAGGUGUUGCAGACUCAUGUCCGUGCUGCUGAACUGAGACACAAAAUGUAAAUGCUUUUGAAUCAUUUACCAUCACAUGGACUGACUUUACAGCUCAAGUUACCUUGUUUAAGAAGAACUGGAAU